GACCAAUCUCUCUAUUAACAUUACUGCAGAGUGACUGUGCAGUUUUUGUCUACAAACAAGAUGGCUUCUUUUUCAUCAUCAGCAAAUAUAAUUUUCUGUAGUAUAUUUCUUUGUUUUCUUGUUCAGUUAGCCCGAAUAACUGCCAUUAAGUUACCACCUAAUGUUAGAGUUCCUGCUGUUCUUGUUUUCGGGGACUCCAUCGUUGAUCCGGGGAAUAACAAUCACAUACAUUCAGUUGUUAAGGCUAAUUACUCACCUUAUGGAAGAGAUUUUAUGGGUGGAACACCAUCCGGAAGGUUUAGCAACGGCUUAAUCCCAAGUGACUUGAUAGUGAAAGCAUUCGGAAUUAAAGAUGUUUUACCAGCAUAUCUUGACCCGUCAUUGGGACCGAAUGAUCUCCUUACUGGCGUAAGCUUCGCAUCCGGUGGUGCAGGAUAUGAUCCCCUUACAGCUAAAAUAGUGUCGGUUAUUGGGCUGGCGACACAAAUGGAGUUAUUUAAAGAAUACCUAGCUAAAAUUAAAGCUGUUGGAGGAGAAGAGAAAACUAAGAGUGUCAUAUCGGAGAGUGUGUACCUAGUUGUUGCAGGAAGUGAUGACCUUGCUAAUACAUAUUUUACUUCACAAUUAAGAUCCAAUUAUGAUGUCCCUGCCUAUACUGAUCUUAUGGUUCAAGGAGCCACCAAUAUACUUCAGGAACUGUACGAUAUGGGAGCGAGGAGGUUUGCAGUUUUCAGUGCACCACCAAUAGGAUGCGUUCCAUCACAAAGAACAUUAGGAGGAGGGACAGAGAGACAUUGUGCGAAGAGUUAUAACCAAGCUGCUCAGAUGUUCAACUCAAAGCUGUCUUCAUCCAUUGACAACCUCAAUGCUAAUAAGUUUGAACAUGGUAGGGCUGUAUACGUUGAUAUCUACAAUCCUCUCCAAGACGUUAUCAACCGUCCUCGCCAUUAUGGUUUCGAGGAGGCAUCAAAAGGAUGUUGCGGGACAGGAUUGAUAGAGUCAGUGAUUCUAUGUAAUGACUUAAACCCAUAUACUUGUGACGAUCCCUCCAAAUAUGUAUUUUGGGACAGUUACCACCCCACAGAGAGAGCCUACGAAAUACUUUUCGUACCUAUCCUCAAGAAAUACCUCAAUGAAUUCUUCUGUAACAGUGGCACCUUGUGCUGAUAAGUAGCCUUAGGCCAACAUAGUUACCCAAGAUAAAAAAGAGAGGUUUUUCACAGAGACGGCCUACGCUGUUGAUUUCACUUAUCUUAUGUAUUCCUCCAAAGAAAAAUUAAUUGUAGAAGCAGAUUCAUAUUUUCUUGUGUAUCUAAGAUAAAGAUCUUUUUUUCACA